UGAGGGGUGCCAGGAGGAACUUGGGCCACCACAGCCUCAGGUUGAGGGGCACAGGGAGGAAUGCGGCCAGCACAGCCUUAGGUUGAGGGGUGCAGGGCAGGUCAUGUCCCCUGAGGAUCAAACUUGUGUAACAUGAUGAGAUCACUUUGAUAAUUAAAUUUCUAAAAUGAACAAACAGGGCACACCCACAUCCCAGGCAAUGGGCCUGCCGAUCCCUCCCCCCAGAACAUAAAUAGUCCCUCCCUGAGCUGGGCCUGCAGCAGCAGCCACACUGAGGCAGGAGGUGCAGGCAACCCAGUGCAGACGGAAGAAGGGAGACCCCAGCAAGAUGGCUCCAGAUAAAAUGUUGGCCGUGCAUUUUAACAAGCCAGGAGGACCGGAAAACCUCUACGUGAAGGAGGUAGCCAAGCCAAGCCCAGGGGAAGGUGAAGUCCUCCUAAAGGUGGCAGCCAGUGCCCUGAACCGGGCAGACUUACUGCAGAGACAAGGCCAGUAUUCCCCGCCCCCAGGAGCCAGCAACAUUUUGGGACUCGAGGCAUCUGGACAUGUGGCAGAGCUGGGGCCUGGCUGCCAGGGACACUGGAAAAUCGGGGAUGCAGCCAUGGCUCUGCUGCCUGGUGGGGGCCAGGCUCAGUAUGUCACUGUCCCUGAGGGGCUCCUCAUGCCUAUCCCAGAGGGACUGACCCUGCCCCAGGCUGCAGCCAUCCCAGAGGCCUGGCUCACCGCCUUCCAGCUGCUGCACUGUGUGGGAGGAGUGCGAGAGGGGGAGACCGUGCUCAUUCAUGCCGGCACGGGAGGUGUGGGUACCGCUGCCAUCCAGCUGACCAGGCUGUUCAACGCCAUCCCCCUGGUGACCACAAGCUCCAAGGAGAACAUCCAACUGGCAGAGAGGCUGGGUGCUGCAGCUGGGUUCGAUUAUAAGAAGGAGGACUUCUCUGAGGGGGCUCUGAAGGCCACACAGGGUGUGGGUGUCAAUGUGAUCCUCGACUGCAUUGGUGGCUCCUACUGGGAGAAGAACCUCCACUGUUUGGCUGCAGAUGGCCGAUGGGUUCUGUAUGGUCUCAUGGGGGGAGCAGAAGUCAGUGGACCCCUGCUUUCCAAGCUGUUGUGGAAGCGCGGAAGUCUGCGGGCCAGUCUGCUGAGGUCCAGGGAUCGGAAGUACAAGGAAACAUUGGUGAAGACCUUCACAGAGCAAGUCCUGGCCCACUUCUCCCCUGGGAGUGCUGUGCAGCUGCAGCCUGUUGUGGAUAAAAUCUUCACCAUGGCUGAGAUUCAGAAGGCCCAUGCUCGCAUGGAGGCCAACCAGAACGUGGGGAAAAUUAUCCUGGAGAUGCCCUAAUUUGAACACGGUGUGGCUGAUGAGAGACACCGGGCCAAGGAGAACUGUCAGGGACGGGACCAGGGGUGUGGGAG